AUGGAGUGGGCUUUGCGUAGACUAAGAGUAACCCUAUCCCUUCAUCACACCAGGGCCACCGCUUCAGGGAGGACCACCGCAAACAGGGAGGCACGGAAAGCGGGGCUUGCGCCAGCUGAACUCGAUGAAGAUGGAAAGGAAAUCAAUCCUCAUAUUCCGCAGUAUAUGUCAUCUGCACCUUGUUAUCUUAAUGCUGAGAGCAACCAAAAUGGUGAGGAUCCUACAGAUGAUCUAAGGAUAGAGGAGGCAAAGGUUGACGAGAGCAAACAAAUGGACUUUGCAAAGGUUAAGAAGCGUGUACGUACAACAGGUGGUGGAAGUACAGGAACUGAGGAAUCUACGUAUUCUAGAGAUACUGCAAAAUAUCUUCUUAAUCUUGAUGUCAAUUCAGCACAUUACGAUCCCAAAACCAGAUCCAUGCGAGAGGAUCCCCUUCCAGAUGCAGAUCCAAAUGAAAAGUUUUAUGGGGGUGAUAACCAAUAUAGAAAUAGUGGGCAAGCUUUGGAAUUUAAGGACUUGAACAUCCAUGCUUGGGAAGCAUUUGAAAGGGACAAGAUGUUCACAUGCAAGCAGCUCCAUCGCAAACUGAAUUAUUCUAUAAGAGUUUCAAGGUCAGGAAGGAGAAGUUGA